ACACAUUAGAGUGUGACACACAUUUAGAAAAGUUUCGGCUGCUGAGAGAACAAACUACCUGCUGACUGAGAAAAGAGUGAAGAUGUCCGAGUUAAGCGAUGACGCCAGUGAGUCAGAACAGCUGGGUGCCAGCCUCUCCCUGUGGCUGGGUGACUCCCUGCUGCGAGCUGAGGAGCUGGAUGUCCCUCUGGACCUUCACACCGCCUGCUCCAUCGGCCAGUACGACGUGGUGGCUGAGUGCAUUAAAAAGCGUGAAGUGGACCUGGAUGGCAAGAACAUUGGAGGAUGGACCCCACUUAUGUAUGCGUCCUACAUUGGUCACGACAACAUUGCAAAUUUGCUGCUGGAGGCCCGUGUGAAUGUAAAUUCCACCACCGCCAAAGGACUCACACCCCUCAUGUUGGCCGCAAGCUGUGGGAACGAAAGUAUCGCAUACUUUCUGCUUCAGCAAGGGGCCGAUUUGGAGUUGAAGGACUCUGUAGGCUGGACCGCUCUGUUCCACUGCACAAGCACAGGCCACCAACAGAUGGUCAAGUUCCUGCUGGAUAAUAAUGCUGACGCCAAUGUCAAGGAGCCAGGUUCUGGCUUCACCCCACUGAUGGAGGCUGCUGCUUCUGGGCAUGAAAUCAUUGUUCAGUACUUACUUGAUCAUAAAGUUAAAGUGGAUGAACGCAACGCCAAAGGUGAGACAGCGCGUGCUCUGGCUAUGAUGUACGGCUAUACCAAAAUUGUCAGCCUCAUUGACUCACGUUCUCCAAGAAUGAAACCAGGACACUUUGAAGAUCUGAGCUCCUCCGAGGACUCGGACAGCGCACCACCGAGGAUACGGUCCAGCCGAAACCGAGCUAAAGGCAUCAGCAUCCACGAUGGGCCUCAGGCCAUCGCCAAGUUCCGAGUAGGAGGCACCAGCAAACUGUGUGAUCCUCCUGCCGCCCUGCCAGGGUACAUGACGUUUCGUGGCAUUGGGGAACAGAGCGAGGGUCUCUGCUACCGUGAUGUGACUUCGCCUAUCAAUGAACUGGAUGGCCAGAGCAACAGCAGCAGAGAUGACAGUCCAUUCUUUGACCAUGACAUGCCCACCAUGAGGAGCAGCAGCAGCAGCAGCGAAGGCCUGCCUCCUGUGAUCGGCCUCAACUGGGAAGGCUCUGUGGAGAGUAACGAGGACUCUGACCAGUGUAAAAAGAGCAGCAUUCGCAGAGUAAAUAAGGGUCAUCACUCAAAAGGCAAGACUCGCCACGGGAACAGCGAUGGAGCUCACUCCAGCAGGACAUCAAACUGUGGCGCUGGUCUUCCGCCUUCCUACACUGGCCCAAAGGAUCUGGCAGAGUUCUUGGAGCAAAUCGGCUUCUCGAAGUAUCUUCCGUUACUUGAAGAGCAAGACAUAGACCUGCGGAUCUUUCUCACCCUGACAGAAAAUGAUCUCAAAGAAAUAGGGAUUACUCUGUUUGGACCCAAACGCAAAAUGACUUCAGCCAUUGCGAGGUGGCACAGCAACGCUCGACCACCCAGCGAUGCUCUGGAACAGGCUUACGCCGACCAGCUCGAGGCUGAGAUGCAAGAGAUGGCCAUUCAGCUACACAAGCGCUGUGAGGAGGUUGAGAGCCUGCAGAGCCAGGUGUCUCAGGAGAAGGAGCUGCGCACAGUAAUGGAGGGAUGUCUAAUGGAGGACAAAAUGGCAUGGAAGAAGGUCCAUGCUGAGUUGGUGGAGAACCACAGGCUGGCUCAAAACAUGAGUGCCAUGCUGGGGAAGGAAAGGGCAUGCCGCGGUGAACUGAUCUCCUGUUUGACCACAGAUGGGAUCAGCAGCUCUGCCACUGCUGGGGAAGGAACAGGUGUUAAGGCUGGGGAGGGAGCGACGCGUUCCAGUAUUCAAGAGCUGAUGAAGAAGAUGGAUUUGUAUGAAGAAGACCUGGCUGGAAGUCUGCAAACGCUGCUUCAGAAUCUGAGGCGACUGAGUGCCCCAGAAAAAGUCUCAGAUAGCUGGGAACGACCCUAAGCUUUUCAGGACCUUUUUGGAGCACUUGACGGAGGGUGAUUCGCCACCCUGAACAAUGUCACUGAAAUGGGAGAAGGCCAAAUAUGAGGCCAGCCACGCCAUGGCCAGAGCGGCUCGGGGGAGCGAAGCCUCUCUGCGGAUCAUCUGGGAUUGGCUGAUGGGCCAGAGCUCGCCAGAUGUGGACGAGGCUAACAAGGGUGGCGCAACUGCUGCAGGAAAAUGACAAGCAGGCACAAGGGUACCUGACCCUGACUUGCCUGUGCUGGUGUUUGUGGACUGCUGUAGAUGGGCUGUGAAAAUGCAGUGGUGGAGGGGACAGAGGUGAUGGAGGAAAUCGUGGAUCAGGGGUUGUAAUACUGUGAUAUUUCUACGCAACUGUACUCAAAAGUAUGAAAUGUGGUUGAAGUGAUGUUUAUACCACCAGAUGGAGAGUUAGACU